AUGGAGGUAGCACAGGACUACAGAGCAGCAGAAGAUCCCAGGCAUGAACAUAAUCAACCAUCUCUUAAGCCAGGAGAAAAGGAGAAGCAGUGUACUGGCACAAAAAAGGGGUCUGAAAAAGACAGCAUAUUAAAAAAGAGUAAUGUAAAUUUUAAAGACAAAUUAAAUCCCCAAGAUAAGGAAGAUCUUGAGGAAGCUACUGCUCUUUGUCAUGAUGAUGAUACAGGUGUUGUUCAGGCAAAAGAGGAGGAAGAUUAUUUUUCUGCUGGAACUGAAGAGGGUAGUGAUAUGGAGGAUGUGUUAGAACAAUUUUUAGAAGGAUUAAAGCAUCUUGGCAAGAAAAAGAGAAGCCGUGGGGGCAGUCCCCGCCGCUCUCCGCUGCCCUGUGCAGCGCCAGUUCCACUCUCCCCUCUCCAGAUGGCUUUGCAGGAGGCACGAAAGGCUGGUGAGGACUUGGGCACUCAGGCCUUCCCCGUUAUGGGACGGGUGAACCCUAACACGGGGCAGCGUGAGCGUACUUACGACCCGCUUCCUUUUAAAACCCUGAAGGAGUUAAAAACAGCCUGUGCUCAGUAUGGGCCCACUUCUCCUUAUACUUUAACCAUCUUGGAAACUGUAGCCUCAGAGGCUCUCCCACCUAAUGAUUGGAGAGCUAUUGCCAAGGCUUGUUUAUCAGGAGGAGAUUAUCUCUUGUGGAAAUCAGAAUAUGCUGAAAAGGCUAAGGAACAAGCUGCUCAAUCUUAUGAAAUGCUGGUAGGAGAAGGAGACUAUGCUGAUACCCAUAAUCAAAUUCAAUACCCCCAGGAAGCUUAUGGGCAAAUUAAUAGAGCUGGGAUCAGAGCCUGGAAAAAGCUUCCCACCUCUGGUCAAAAAACAGAGGAGCUCUCAAAGAUUAUUCAAGGGCCAGAUGAAAAGUAUCAGGAUUUUGUCUCUCGGCUGUUACAGGCUGUUGGCCGAGUAGUGGUGGAUGGAGAGGCUGGCAUGUUAAUAGUCAAGCAGUUGGCGUAUGAAAAUGCUAACACUGCCUGUCAAGCUGCAUUGCGGCCCUAUCAAAGAAAGGGGACUCUCUCAGAUUAUAUCCGCAUUUGUACAGAUAUUGGUCCCUCGUAUAUACAAGGAGUCGCUAUUGCAGCCGCAUUAAAGGGAACCACCACUGAAGGAAUUCUUCAGCAACAGUUCAGCACAGGGAAAAGUCAAACACACAAGUGUUUCACUUGUGGAGGAGCAGGACACAUGGCAAAACAGUGUCCCUCUAAUAAAGGGGUUAAUAAAGGAAAUGGCAGAGGUCCCAAACAACCUGGACUGUGCCCUAAAUGUAAAAGAGGAAAACAUUGGGCAAAUGAGUGUAAAUCUAAGACAGAUAUCCAGGGAAAUCCCUUGCCUCAGCAGCAUCUGAUUUCAGCGCCCCGGGAGGCAGAAUCCGGGCUCCGGCGCGCCGGCGCCCCCCCGCGGCUGCACCGCUCGCCGCAGCCCAGCGGGCCCCGGGGCCGCCUGGUCUCCCGCGGGCGGGCGGGCGGGCAGGAGGGCGGGGCGCAGCCGGCGACGGGAGCAGCACCUGGCCUGGGCGGUGCGGUGGCCGGAGCCGGGGCCGGAGCCGGGGCCGGGGCCGGGGCCCGGACAGCGGAAGCCAGUGGCCCGGCGGCGGGGGCUGCGCGCGGGCGCGGGGCCGCUGCGUGCGCGGGGAGCGCGGGGCUGCGCUCGGGUGCGCUCCUGGGCAUUCGCCGCCGCUGCCGCGCCUUUGAGUCAGCAAACUCCGCCGCGCGCCGGCCUCCCCGCGCGACCGCCCGCAGCUGCCGCGGGUGA